AGACCUCCCAUUGGUUGGGGCUAAAUGAUGCUGACCAAUAGGAGUAACGUAUUUACCCUCUCUCACACCCCACAGUGUGGGGGAUCAGUGACAAAUUGGUAGUCAACUAGAUCAGAUUACACAGACAACAUUAUUUUCAAACUCUAAACUAGCCAGUUUUCACCGAAAACACACAUUUUUGAUGUUUAUUUGAAGAAAAAACUAAGUGAAUCGGAAAUUAGAGAGAUGAGCGAAGGGAAAAAUAGUUCAAAGUCUGUAUUUCGUCCAUGGGACGACGAGAAGGAAAGAUGUCACGAUGUUGAAAUAUCAAAAAUAAAAGACGAGCCCAAGGACAGUUUAGACGAAUCAUCUUCAAUCGAUGGUCUACUCGUCCCAAAGACCGAAAUUAAAGAUGUUUAUAGUCAGGGUUCGGCUCCGGAUGGUGGUAUGAAUCCAGCUCCGGGUUCUGGGUUGAGCACAGGAGAAAUAAACGAACUACGUCUCCGACAACUGGACAGUUUAUCCAUAGCAUACAGAGGAAUACACCUUCAGAAUAGGCCAUUAUUGCCUGGAAUGUCUGAAUUUCUACAAUAUUCAGGCAGUAGGUUUCCUAGACCUGGCUGCCUGGAUCCAAGCCUAGACCUGGACUGGCAGAGUGCCUUUAACUUGGAACGUAAAGUGAGACCUAAGAAGUUUAAAUGUGAUGUUUGCGGGGCAGGGUUUAGUAAUAAUGGUCAACUGAGAGGACACAUUAGAAUUCACACAGGAGAAAGACCGUUUUCCUGUGAUUUUGCCGGAUGCGAGAAAAGUUUCACUAGAAAUGAGGAAUUGACAAGACACAGAAGAAUCCACUCCGGAGUAAAACCUUUCCUCUGCCCAGCUCCGGGCUGUAGGAAACAGUUUGGACGGAAGGAUCAUUUGAAGAAACAUGUGAAGACUCACGAUAGAACCUUGGAACACUCCUUUCCGCUGUCUCCGCUCUGCGCUCUUCUGCCACCCUUCUCCCUAUACCCUAGACCUCCAUUAAUACUACCAAGAAGGCAGUUGUAACCAAUGUUUGUCAUACUAAUCAUUAUUAGAACCAGUGUAAGAGCAAUAAAAAUCUGAAUUUAUAAAAUGAUAUAAUUGAUCCCUAAAUUUACAUCACAUAAGUGAUCUGGAUGUUUUGACCAUAUUCCUAAACUUUGAAGAAUACAAAAUAUGUAUUUAGACAAAACACAAAAAAAAUUUACUGAUUUUUUGGAAAAGAAAAUUUUUUCCAUGACGGGGAAGGGGGGAGGAAUCAGUUAAAUAACUCAUGGCUUAUUUCUUCGAACAGAAGUAACUUGUA